ACUAUAAUGUAGUACGGCUGCCAGACAUAAACGCAUCUCCCGCUCACUCUCUUUACCUUCCCGCCGGCUCUAGUUAAUGGAUUGUAUAUUUUCCCUUCAAGUACGACAUCAGCUGACGGUGGCUCCCGACACGUAUCUGUCAGAGUCGCAGCAUAGAGUUACAGAUGAAGUCUACAGACGUGGACCAAGGGCUAUUCACAGAGAGCUACUGCCGAGUGUGCAGUGCCCAGCUGAUCUCCGAGUCCCAGAGAGUUGCUCAUUAUGAGAGUCGAAAACAUGCCAAUAAAGUGCGACUUUAUUACAUGUUACAUCCUGUAGAUGGAGGCUGCCCUGCCAAGAAGCUCAGAACAGACAAUGGCAGUGACGAAGGUGACGUGGACAAGAAUAAAUGUUGCACACUGUGUAACAUGUCCUUCACAUCAGCUGUGGUUGCACAGUCACACUACCAGGGUAAAAUCCAUGCCAAGAGGCUAAAACUGCUACUUGGGGAUCAGACCGCCAUCACAACCAAAGAGAUAUCUCCCUGUCCUGUAAAAGGCUCUCCCGACACAUCCCCAAUGACCUCCCCACGACACCGACGAGACUCGGAUCGCUACUGCCAACUAUGCAAUGCUUGGUUCAACAACCCGGGCAUGGCUCAACAGCAUUAUGAUGGUAAAAAGCACAAGAAAAAUGCUGCCCGAGCAGACCUGCUGGAGCAGCUGGGCAAGACUGUGGACAUGGGGGAUAUGAAAGGUCUGAAACGUAGCUAUACCUGUGAAGUGUGCAGCAUGACGUUGAAUUCGGUGGCGCAGUACCACGCGCAUCUGCAAGGCUCAAAGCACCAAAACAACCUGAAGAAUCAAAUAAGUGUCCAGUGAAUGUGAGACAAAAACACUACGCUGAACUGAUGUCAGACAAGCUGUGGUCAGCUUGCCCUACUUUUUUUGUUUUUCUUCAUCUGCUCUGCGAACUGUCUUCAUUGCCUCGUAUGUCUUUCACCAUCAAUUUGGCUGGCCUGGAAAAUGAAGGACUUGGUUUUCUUUUCUACUGUAGCACUGCAUCAGCUUUCUCAUUAGAGAGCGAUGGGGCGGGUGGGUGAUUACCGGUAGUUGGAAGAUCCACAUACUACAAAACAGUGACAAGAUUUUCUUUGCUUGGCUGGCCACCUCAGCUGUUUAAACUGUUAUUGCCGCUAGUCAAACAGAAUUAAUAUCUGUUGGUUAGUGGCAGCGUUUCUGCAUUCAAUGGAUUACAGGUUCCUGUUUGCAUUACAAAGGGAUGCUGUGAUACUUUUAACGUCUUGAAAAUAAAUAUGACGUUGUAGUGAUGAAAUAGACGUAUAUUAUUUAUGUAUUUAUCCUUUUCUUAUUCAGAAUUUGGAUAUUUGGUUGAAUCUUUUUGCCUUAAAUGGCAAUAUGUUUGGACGGAUUGUGUAAAUUGUCAUUGCAGACUAAAACAUUUGUGCAAUGUAAGAAAACGUGAAAUUCUAGAGGUGAGUCAAAUAAAUGAAACUGUUAUAUCUACUUUGUACAUUGAACCUAAACCUCUAAGGUCAGAGAAACGACCGACAUCACGCAAAUUUAAAAAAAAAUGGAUGAGAGUAUACAGUGACGGAAUGUGUACAAAUCCUAACCAGAUGGCUCGACACGUAUUUUUGUAAACAGAUUUCCACUGUGAAUGUCUUGAGUUCAUACCAGCAGUUAUUUUGUGUUAGCUUCAAAAUGUACUACUUAAAGAAUCAUUGCAUUCCAUGAGUGAAGUGAAAAUAACAGUGUGCAUGUUUUGCCCGUGAAUGUGUGUGUGUGUGUGUGUGUGUGUGUGUAUGUGUGUGUGUGUGUGUGUGUGUGUGUGUGUGCAUGUACUACAGUCACACGACUGUCCAUAAUAUGUAAAUGUAUUUACAUCCAUCCAUCCAUUUUCCAUACCGCUUGAUCCUCACGAGGGUCGCGGGGGGCGCUGGAGCCUAUCCCAGCUGUCUCCGGGCAGUAGGCGGGGGACACCCUGAAUCGGUUGCCAGCCAAUCACAGGGCACACAGAGACGAACAACCAUCCGCGCUCACAGUCACACCUAGGGACAAUUUAGAGUGUUCAAUCAGCCCGCCACGCAUGUUUUUGGAAUGUGGGAGGAAAGCGGAGUACCCGGAGAAAACCCGUGCAUUUUGGAUGCUGUUUUUAGUUUGUAUUUUGGAUGUUGUUUUUAAUGAAGACAUUUUGUUUUGAACCUUACAAUAUUACAACACAUGCCCUGAAUGACCUCAUCACACACAUAAAACAAAUCUUUGGCUGCUGAUAAUAUUUUCAUUGAAGACUAGAAAGAUAUCAAUGCACUGGCAGAAAUAACGGAAUACUUUUCAGUUAUGUCCUCAUAUGCAGCGACCUGGGAAGAGUGAGGAUAUUGCCUCUUGGGGAGUGGCUAUGAAGCCCCCCCCCCCCCCCCCCCGUUCAAAUUUUUUUUUAAAUCUGGCCCAGCAACAGUGCCACAAGACUGCUUGUCCAAGCUCUUUUUGUUCAAGCAGAUUGAACUGAUUUGCGUUGUGUGCUACAGUUAUUUUUGCUCUUACGCAGGAACGGGGUCGGGGGGGGGGGGGGGGGGUCAAGGCCUUGUCCACCUUGGCUGUAUGCGAACUUCCAGACGUAGCAGCCAUCUUGAACAAGAAGUCUGCAGCAAGCUCUUACAUUCACUUGUACUGAGGUAACUCUGUUUGGCUCCAAUAAAUUCAUCAUAACUCAUUGAAUUGUUUUCUUACGUAUUAGACAUGCAGUUAUGAUACCAGACAGCAGACAGCUUUAGGCUUUAUUUCUGUGUAUUUUUUAGACAAAUUCUUAAAAAAAAAUGUUCUGCAAAACCAAAACAACAAACCAACAACAAUGACCUUGACCAUAUUUGAAAUAUUAUUUUGUUUUUCUUUGCCCAUUUUCUGGCACAUAUAUUAUUGGCCAAUGUGAAAUUGAUGAAAACAGAUUUUCUUUUAUUCUUCUAUUUUUGGGUUCAUCUUUUUAGAUCUGACUCAAUAGUUGUGCUUCACCAGUCAUGAACCUCACCGCAUGUCACACUGGUUUUAUCAAAUAAAAGUACAAGUAAAAAAUGUUAUUCUUAAAAAAAUAUCACAACAGUAUUUUGUCAUUAAUUACUGAUUCCCACACCCAUGAGGUACUUUGGGCAGCUAUGCCAUCUUCGGUUGUUUUAACAUAUUUUUUCUUUGGUGCUACUAUGGCCUGUUGUCUGAUAGUGAGGAAUGUGGUUUCCUGAGAUGUUAUCAUCUUGAAUCCACUGGCUGAGUAAGAUAAGAACUUUGAAGAGUUGGAGCCUGCAGGCUGAAGAACAUCUGAGCCAGGGAAAUCUGUUGGUGUUGCUGCAUUUCCGACUCUUCCUUUGAAGAAAACCAUGAUUAUUUCAAGAGCCAGUGCUGUAAAUAAGUUUAUUUUUCUUUCUUCAUACUUCUCAGCUCACUUUGGUGAGGGUGAAAAACAAACUCUCUCUCUCUCUCUCUCUCUCUCUCUCUCUCUCUCUCUCUCUCUCUCUCUCUCUCUCUCUAUCUAUCUAUCUAUAUCUAUAUCUAUAUCUAUAUUUUUUUUGGGGGGGGGGGGGCUGGGGGGACUCCCAUCAAGUGCAAGUCCCCUGUGUAGUAUACCUCAGUGUAUAGAAAAUCUGGAAUUGCUUUUUUUCCAGGAGUGAAGAUGUUGUAUUCUAAAGUAUGGUGUGUGUGUGUGUGUGUUUGGCACAAUUUACUAUUAAGAAAAUGUGCAGCUGUGAUUUAAAAAAAAUUAAAAACAUCAGUUCAGACAGUAUAAUAUUCAGUUCAGCUUUCAACUUGGCCAUAGUAAAUCACAUUGUACUGUCGGUAGCAGAAGAGGUAGUCUUUCUUUCUAUGCAACACCAAAUCCAUUCGUCUCUGUUCCAAAUACUUCACUGAAACGAAUUUGAGGUGAAAUAAGACGUCUGCUUUCCUUCCAAAAUUCCAAAAUUAGAUGUGAUUAAGCCUUUUGUUGGAUCUUGAGCUUUAAUCCAUCUUCUGAUCCACCUCGUUACACAGACCCAUUAUUGCCUAUUCAUGAAGGAAAUUGAUUUCUCUCUGCAUACAAAGUGGAUGAAAGUUAUCUGGAAAACAAUAUGAAUAAAUAUUUAAUGUCAUUUUAACAUAACAUUUUUGGCAUCUCCAUUUCCUUUGGCUGGAUGAGUCAUCUCCUUUUUACUUUAUUACUGAGAGAAAUGCUAACUGCGAGGUCUUCUGAACAUGCAGAUGCGCAUUCACUUGAGCCUAUGAAGACAUGCACAUUAGGCCUCGCUGAGGACAACUAAAUCAUUUGCUCAGUUUUAUGAAGCCAAGUGUACCGGGAAUGGAGAAUUUGAUUGUAAGCAUUUACAAUUUCUGUUUUAGGGCAUUUUCUGUUUGCCAUCAGGCCAUCACAUUGACAUGCAUGCAAAAGCAAAGAACAUGGAUUGUAAAUAGCAGACUGAAAAUGAAAUUUCUCUUCUAGGUAAAACAAAAAAAAAGAGAGAGAUUUUACAAAAUGCAUUACAUUCCUUACGACAUAAUUUUCUCCCUUUUUCACACCAGAUCCUCAAAUUCCUACCCAAAUUUACUUCGAUUUAGUUUUAUGAGAAAAAAUGACCCUGGAUGGUCAUUGCUGUAAUCGUAGCCAGUUAAAUUCCGUGUACAGUAGUAAGUGCUUCAUUUCACUUCGCUUUCAAUUUGGCAGACUGUGUACUGACUGUAGAAUACGGCAGGUCGAUUGAAGACUUUGCCAAGUGCGCAGUCAGUGAAUAACAGGUGCAAACUGCACUCAGUUGUCAUACUUUGUGGAAGCGUUUGCAAUAUCGUUUGUGAAUAGGAUGAUAAGGAGCAAAUCGCCAUUCAAAUUGCUGUCAGUGACCAUAGUUCAUUCUUUGUAGAUUUGUCCCGCUGUAUGUGGUGACCUUGAAAUCAGGGUAUCCUUGUCAAAUAUGACAGUGUGCUCAUUCUCCCGUCAACUUACGCAUCUUUUCCCUAAUGCGCUGCUGAAUCUGAACAAAGUGAUGACUGUCAUCGGCCAACUCGGUUGAUUCAGGGCGGCAGUAGGGAAUUGCUGGAGCAGGAUCGGGGCCUGGCGCUGCUAAGGAGCCAGGACAGGUGCUUGUAAUUGCUGGGGCGCCGAGUUGAGGGCCUGGUGCUACCGAGGCAGCGAGAAGGGGGCCUGCAACUCCAGAGGAGCCGGUACGAUGGCGUGUAGCUGCAGAUAUGCCGACACGGGGCCUUGCCUCAUCAAUCUGCCACCAUAGGGAUUGGGGAGCACAGGAGACAUAAGGAGCCAGAAAUACAGGUAUGGGGGAAGGUGAACAAGAAGAAACAUGAUGAAUCAGGCGAGAUAGCGACGUAGACAGGGAACAAGGUGAUGAAAAAGGAUAAGUGGCUUGGGGCUGGUUCAGAAUGGCGCGACGUGUGUUGGUAGGAACCAAAACCUUUACCUGGGUGCCCACGUUGGCCACGCCGCAGAGAUCCCUGAUAAAUUCGGCCUUUCGUGCACCCAAAUAAAUCCCUGAAGGGAAGGUUCUGGGAUGAACGUUGAUGAAUAAUAAUCUGAAAAUGUGACAAAUAUUGCCAAGGUCUUGAGUAACAACUGGGGAAGGGAGCAGAAACUCCAAAUUAGCAUCAAAAUCAGAUUUGGAAUCAGAAAGGAGGUUAAACAAAUUGGGGCCAUUUCCACAAUCAGAAAAAAUCUUGAGUGUAAAUAAUUUGAGUCCGAUUAAACAGAAACCCACAACCAUAGAGGGUUUUAUGCAAAUGAUUCCACAUACAUAAAAUACAGUACAACAUACAUUGCAGGGUGAAGAACACACACACGAUGCACACGCACGAAAUUGCAGGGCGGAGGGGACACACAUGCACAAGUGCACGUACAGUGUCCAACAGGACAUGCAUACAUAUACAUCCACACUCACAGACUCAGAACUUUCACAACUUACUUUUUGAACAGAACUUUCACUUGUGUUCAAAAUUCGUGUCAUCAGUUCAAUAGCGUGCAGAUAAAUAUGUUUGGGGCGACCAGUGGUUAGCACGUCUGCUUCACGGUGCAUAGGUACCGGGUUCGAUUCCAGCUCUGGCCUCCCUUGUGGAGUUUGCAUGUUCUCCCCGGGCCUGUGUGGGUUUCCUCCGGGUGCUCCGGUUUCCUCCCACAUUCCAAAAA